AUGUCGGAGGCGAGUAUACCUACUUUCCAGCCAACCGUCACGGGCCAGGAGCUCGAGGCCAUCCAAGAGGUACUCGCCAGCCGAACUCUUACGGGAAAAGGCAAGUACACGGCACUGUGCCAGCGAUGGAUUGAAUCAAGCAUGCCACAUGGCAAGGCCUUUGUCUUGAGCUCGUGCACUUCAGCCUUGGAGAUUGCGGCCCUCCUUGCCGAUCUGCGACCAGGGGACGAAGUGAUUGUACCGAGCUACACGUAUGUGUCAACCGUGAAUGCCUUUGUUGUCCAUGGGGCGCUACCGGUUUUUGUUGAUGUGGAAGAGACGACCCUGAACAUCGAUGCGCAGAAAGUCGAGGAUGCCAUCACGCCCCGGACCAAGGUCAUUGUCCCGGUGCACUAUGCAGGGAUCGCCUGCGACAUGGACACCAUCCUGGACAUUGCCAGUCGGCAUGACCUGCUCGUGGUUGAGGAUGCCGCUAUGGCCUGCGGCAGCACGUAUCGAGGACGCGCGCUUGGAACCAUAGGGCACCUUGGCUGCAUCAGUUUCCAAGAGAAGAAAGUAUUCACUAGUGAAGGUCAGGGAGGGGCAUUACUCGUCAACCGGGACUCACUCGUCGCGCGGGCUGAAAUCCUCUAUGAACACGGCACGAACCGAGCUCAGUUCCUGCGUGGCGAAGUGGAUAUCUAUCGCUGGCUGGAUGUCGGGAUUAACGCAACCCUGAGCGAGAUUCAAGCAGCCUUCCUAUAUGCCCAGUUGCAAGCCGCGCCGCAGAUUCUUUCAUGCCGCCGACGUCUCUGGUCUCGCUAUCACAGAUGCCUGGCCCCUUUGGCCGACGCGGGUGUCAUCUGUUUACCCCAACCGGCUGCGGAGGCGGACCAUAACGCAGCCGUCUUCUGGCUUCGGUUGACUGACGCCACAAACCGAUCUGCAUUCAUUGAGCAUAUGGCGGCCGGACAAAUUCAGACACAGGCACAGUUCGUGCCGCUACACUCUUCUCCAUUCGGCGAACGGUUCGGGCGUUUUCAUGGCGAGGAUCGGGUGACUACACGCGCCGCAGCGGAGAUUGUCUUGCUACCACUUUACGCGGGGCUCACAGAAUGUCAACAGGAAAUUGUCAUUCGGCGCGUGUUAGGGUUCUGGCAGGAAGCCACAAGCACCCCGAGAACGGAAGCUUCCCGCGAUGCUGAAGUGAAUAAUUCUUAG